AUGUCGCCUAUAGGUAGAGGUAAACUAAUGGCAUUAUUGGCAGUUGGCGAACUAAAUAGUAGUGAUGAAAAUGAGUCAUUGAACCAAAUAGUGAAUGAAAUUACUUUUCAGAAAGAGGGUACUACUAAAAACCUUAAUACGGAUAAUAUAGUAGAAGAAAUUAACAUUGAUGGUAAUGUUGGAUAUAAUGACCAAAGUAAUAACAGCAGUGGCUAUCCAUCCGCUCUCCUUGCAACACCUGAAUUUCCAUCGAGAGAAAUUUUUAUACAGCAUCAAGUACAAAAUUGCAAUAUUAUUGAAGAGAUAAAUGAUAGUGUUACUGUGGAAUUAGAUAGUAAUGAAAAUGCGCUUGAUUUGUUGAUAAACACCCAGGAACCAGCUGCAAUUUUUGAAGAAAAUGUUAAUGAAGACUCUGCUGUCAAAAGUCAAGAGAAAACCUAUUUAAACUUAUCAACUUUCUACCCGAAUAAAAUUUUGGAUACUCCGGAGACCAGUACUAGUAGGGGUCAAGGUCAGAAGUAG